GAAGCCGAACAGUUUGCUGAGGAAGAUAGAAUACAGAAAGAACGUAUUGAGGCUCGUAAUGCCUUGGAAAACUUUGCGUACACGUUAAAAACUUCUGCUGCUGAUGACGGUGAUCUUGGCAAGAAGUUGAAUGAUGAAGAUAAGCAGACAAUCAGAGAUGCUAUUAAAAAGACACUAGACUGGUUUGAGGAGCAUUCUAAUUCAGCGACAAAAGAAGACUUUGAUGAGAAGAAAGAGGAGUUACAAGCUGUUGUGAACCCCAUCACCAGUAAAUUGUAUCAGGAGAGCGGGUCACCGCAAGAACCAUUGGAGAAGCAUGAUGAACUUUAA